UCUGUAACAAUCUCUCUCGAGCCCCUUUCACCGCCAGUGAGUGACAACAGAAGAGAAUCACAGUAAUAAUUUUUACAGAACAACAACUCUCUCAUCUCUCUCUCUCUUCUCUCUAAUCUAAUCUCCUCUGUCCUCACCUCUCUUUCAAUCACUUCUCGUCACUAUCGUGUUGCUUUUGUCUCCUUUCACUUUUUUUUAUUACUCUCUCCCAAGUCCCAAUUGCGAAUAUUACCCGUUGAGUUCUCAAUUCUUGACACAAGACCUUUUUUUCCUUCUUUCUUCUAACUACAAAGCUUCUGUCUUAUGUAAUGAUUCUUAAAGCUCUCUUCAGUUUCUUUUUUUCUUUCUUCUUCUUCCACUGUACCAUUGUCGUUUUCUUCAUUUCCAACUGUCUUCUUUCUUACCUUAUUCUCGUAAAACUAAGCUAUUGAUAAUGUUUAUGAUGUACAUUCAUCAUCUCUGAGAGAUUCCCCCAAGUUCACAAAAGCUGAGUUACUUUUAUAAAGUAUCAGACUUUUUCCUUUUUUCUUUCUCUGGGUCUUUGGCUCUUUGCUUCGUUCUUGAUUAUGUGAUAAAAGUCUUGGGAUUUUGAGGCAAUGUGCUUGAGAUCUCUCUGAACUUGUAGAGGGUUUGUUAGGGUUUCGUUGUUUUAGUCAUCUUGAUGACGGGAGAGUUACAGGAGACGGCGCCGUGUGCGGCCAUUACUGAGAAACGGCCUAAUCGACUCGGUGGUUGCGUCGGUGUUUUCUUUCAGCUCUUUGAUUGGAACCGACGCUUUGCUAAAAAGAAGCUCUUUUCUCGCAAAUCACUUCUUCCUGGGAAACAAGUGUCGAAGAGGUUUGGAGGGAAUGAGAAGAUGCUCAAAUCUAAGCUAAAUCUGAUUGAUGAUGAGAACAGAGGAAGUUUUCCUAAUAGGAAUGAAGUCAUGGAGAUUAAAAAGCAUGAGAUGAGAUCUCCUAGUUUAGUAGCACGUUUAAUGGGGCUUGACUCAAUGCCAUCUAACCAUAGAGACAAAGGGAAGAACAAGAAGAAACCAAAGAUUCAGGAGAACAGUAGAUGUGAUGUGUUUGGUGGGGAAGAAGAAGAGAAUGGUUUUGAUAAGUUAAGGCCACAGAAGAUGCAGAGAACAACAGGGGUUUGUGACAGACGUGUUGCGGUUAAGAAGUUUGGUUCUGAAGCGUUGCAGAUUAAGAAUGUUUUGACUCGUGUUAGGAAACAUCAUCAGUAUAAUAGUCAUCAUCAUCAGCAUCAGAAGCUUGCUUCUCCUGUUAGAAGUCCGAGGCUUAAUAGGAGGAAUUCUAGGUUGAUUGAUGCUGCUAAUAGGAUUUUGGAACCAGGGAAGAGAAAUGCGAAAUGUGUUAUUGCUUAUCCAGGUUCUUCAGGGGUUAGAAGAUUUGACAAUGCCAUGAAAGAACCAGUUGAAGUUGUUGUUUUGCCUGAGUUGCAACGUGGUUUUAACAGUAGUGUUGCUUCUUGUAAAGCAUGUGGUAGCUUGGUUGAUGUGAAUGGUUCAAGUCCGGUAGCUGAAGAAACUGGAAAGAACAUGAGUUGUGUUUCUGAAUCAACGCCUUUUCAACGGAGUAAAAGAAAUGUGUUUUGGAGAAAUGAAGAAUCACCAUCUGCUUCUGUUUUUGCUAAAGAUAGUACAGAUCAAAUGGCUAGGGAAGCUCUUCAUCGUGCCCGGUAUGACUUUAGUGGGAAGCAUGGUAAGGAUGAAAUCUCGCUGCCGGGUGUUACCUUGCAGAACAAAAGAGGUUGUUCUUUACCUGCAAAUGCAAUCAACUGUAAAGAGAAAGACUUUAUAGCUAUGAAUAGAGGUUCACCUAGUAGGAACUUGAAGCUCCAGAGAAAAUUUGCUGAGGAGUCUUAUAAUAGGUCGGGAUUAAGCAGUCCAGCGCGGAAGAGAAGGAUAGCUUGCGAUAGUAGUCACGAACGAGGAAGUAGCUUAAUGAAUCCAGUGCCAGUGCCAAGAAGACCAGAUGGUGAAUGGUCAUGCCCAUGUAGUAAUGACCCCAGUGGUAGCAAUGAAACUGCAUUGAAACCUGGUUGUUCCCCUCAUAGAAGUUAUAGCCAAGGUUAUAAAGAAACCAAAGAGAGGAAAGGAGUUCGACGUGUUGCACAUCAGAUGGGCGAAAGAAACUCAAGAACAUCGUUUCCAAGGCCACCGCUUGAUGUAGGCACUCUUGGGUUGAUUCAGCAAAAGUUGAAAGAAUUGGCUUCUAAAGAAGAAGAUGAUGCUGUGGGAGGAAGUGCUUUACCCAAUAAAUCAGCAUCUCUGAUCCUCCAUGAGUUGCUAUCUUCUUUAGCUUUGGAGCAGCGGUAUAUUCGAGAUAUCGAUAUGCCUUACGCAGAACCAGCUUAUCGGAGGAAACGCAAACCAGAGUUGUGGAGUUCAAUAGGAAAUGCAAACAGUGAAUACACGAGUCCAGGUUCUGUACUUGAUGCAUCUUUCUCCAAUGAGAGUUGUUUCUCGAAUAGCUUUGACAAUCUCUCAGUUCCAGGACAGAUGAAGCUACCUCUAGAGCCUAUAGAACCUGAUUGGGACAUUCUUGAAGAUUCUUUGACUCCAUUCAAGAACUCAAAAAGCGGUAGUCAUUAUCAAGCUAUCGCCAGUCUUGUCAGCCAUAUCUCUAUCACCCUCCGCUGUUUAAGCAACACGGGUCUCAUGUUAACGCAGCAGAGAUCCACAAUUGCAAGAGAAGUCAUAAUCCAUACCGAGCUAUUGGCUGGUACUACAACUACACAAGAGAACUACUUCAUUGGUCCAGAACUCUUCGAUGAACUCAUGAUCUACGCAGCUCGUUCUGAUCACCUAGUCAACCUCCCUGGACUAACAGGAGGUUUCCUCGUGGAUGCCAUGAUCGAAUACUUGGAAGAAAGAAACAUUUCUUGUGGAGGAUUAAAGCCUUUGAUUGCUAAACCUGACGAGUUGAUUCAAGGAGUUCUCCAAGAAGUUCCAAAAUGGGGAAGAUUAGCUCGGAUUAGUAUGGAUGAAGUUAUCAGCAUCGAGAUGGAGAAAUGGCUGGAUCUUGAAACCCAUUUAUUUGGAGUUGGAUCAGAGAUUGCAUAUGAAAUCCUUCGGUGUUUGGUUGGAGAGUUAACAACUGAUCUCGGGACAACCUUAUCGAUGAACUGAAAACUAAUAUCUUUUAGAACCUACAAGAUCAUGUUUGUGUAACUUCACUAUUCCUUAUGCUAUUCAAGACACUAAUCAGUGUUUGCUUUUCUGCUAACUAA